AUUCCUUCCCCGGAGAACCUGGAAGACUUCGUUAAGUUUUCUUUCCACACCAAAGUGUUUGAAAACAACAUUGGUUACCUGAGGUUUGAUAUGUUCGGAGACUGUGAACUUCUGUCCCGAGUCUCCAACCUGCUGGUAGAACACGUCUGGAAGAAGAUUAUGGACACGGAUGCCCUGAUCAUUGACCUCAGAUAUAAUGUAGGGGGCCCUACGUCCUCCAUAGCAAUUCUGUGCUCCUAUUUCUUCGAUGAAGGACACCCGAUUCUUCUGGACAAAGUGUACAACAGACCAAACAACACAACUACUGACAUCUGGACCCAUUCACAGCUUAAAGGUGUGAGAUACGGUUUCCACAAAGGCUUGGUCAUCCUCACCAGCUCGGUGACGGCAGGAGCGGCCGAGGAAUUUGUGUCCAUCAUGAAGAGGCUGAGCAGGGCCUUCGUCGUCGGGCAAAGGACCAGCGGGGGCUGCCACCCGCCUCAGAUGUACCACGUGGAUGGCACCGACCUCUACGUCACCAUCCCGACCUCCAGGUCCGUCCUUUCCGUUGACGGCACCUGGGAGGGCGUGGGGGUGACCCCGCACUUGGCCGUCCCCGCGGAGGUGGCCCUCGUCCGAGCCAAGGAGACGCUCAACGCGCACCUUCACAGCCCCAGCUAG